GCCGCCGACCUGGUGUCAUUGGGCUGCGAGCAGCGGACGCGGCGGCCGCGGGACAGGCACGGCCAUGGCGGGCGCUCUGGCGCGGAAAGCGGCGGACUAUGUCCGCAGCAAGGACUUCCGCGACUACCUCAUGAGCACGCACUUCUGGGGACCUGUGGCCAACUGGGGCCUUCCCAUCGCUGCCAUCAACGACAUGAAGAAAUCUCCUGAGAUCAUCAGCGGGCGGAUGACGUUCGCCCUCUGUUGCUACUCGUUGACCUUCAUGAGAUUUGCCUACAAGGUCCAGCCACGAAACUGGCUCCUGUUUGCCUGCCAUGCGACCAAUGAGGUGGCCCAGCUCAUUCAGGGAGGACGGCUCAUCCAAUAUGAGAUGACCAAGAAGGCCUCCGCAUAGGACGGGCUGAGGCUGCUCCGAGGGCCAGCGUCGCCAGCUGCCGCUGCUGAGUCACAGAGCUGCUCCCCGCCCGCCCCGACCCUGCCAGGGCCCACGGGCAAGGCUGUUUUUACCAACCGUGCACACUGUUUUUAUGGAAAUAGCCGAGUCCCUGACCCAGCUCUGCUGCCUUACCGUGCGACCUUCUCCCUUCUCUCCAUGCAGAGCAGCUCCAUAUGCAAUUAAUUUGGCAACUUCCAAUGAUGGUUUUGUUUGCAAUAAUAUUAUAGAAUAUUGUCUAUUCAAAUAUAAUUCAUAAAAAGGGAUGGGAACACAGUUGACAAGCUUGCUGGGGCUUAGGUCCUGGGGUCCCCGACUCUUCCUGACGGUCAUGAUGCCCACGCCCGGGCAGUGACCUCCACGCGGGAGCGCUGCUUUGUAUUUCCACGCAGUGUGUAUAUUGGGAUGCUGUAACUUAAUGGCAAUAAAUGAUUUAAAUAUU